CCCCAACUUUUCUUUUUCUCCUCAUAACCACUUCCCAGAAUUCAGAAAAAACCCAUUUCAGUUCAUCAAGAUCUCUGCUUUUUUUCUUCUCCAAUGUCGACUUCUUCUUCUCACCAAGAAAACCCAGAACCCAAGAAAGUCCAAUUCCCAUUGGACUCAACUGCGUACCAAAUCCUCGAUGAAAUUGGCUUCGGCGUAAGCGCUGUUGUUUACAAAGCCAUCUGUUUGCCGAUGAACAACACAAUCGUGGCAAUCAAGUCCAUCGAUCUCGAUCAAUCCGGGGCUGAUUUCGACAACAUUCUAAAUGAAACCAGGACACUCUCUCUUCUUUCACACCCCAAUAUCCUGAGCGCCCAUUGUUCUUUCACUGUGGACCGUCAUCUUUGGGUCGUCAUGCCGUUCAUGUCCGCCGGGUCUCUCCAAUCCAUAAUCUCCUCUGCUUUCCCCGACGGCCUACUUGAGCCCUGCAUUGCCUUCGUCCUCAGGGAGACACUGAACGCCAUGUCGUAUCUUCAUGACCAGGGGCACCUCCACAGAGACAUCAAGGCUGGUAAUAUCUUGAUUGACUUCAAUGGGUCGGUUAAAGUUGCAGACUUUGGGGUUUCUGCUUCUGUUUAUGAGGCCAAUUUGAGUGGAGAGUCUUCGAUUCGGUUAAACGACGUUGCUGGGACGCCGUAUUGGAUGGCGCCUGAGGUGAUACACUCGAACAACGGGUACGGAUGCAAGGCGGAUGUGUGGUCUUUUGGUAUCACAGCUCUGGAAUUGGCUCAUGGGGGGCCUCCCCUGUCUAACUUGCCUCCUUCAAAGUCUCUGCUUUUGAAGAUCACGAAGAGGUUCCGGUUUUCGGAUUAUGAAAAUCAUCACAACAAGAAUUACAAGAGCAAGAAGUUCUCUAAGGCCUUUAAGGACUUGGUGGGUUGUUGUCUUGAUCAGGACCCGAACAAGAGGCCCACUGCGGAGAGGUUGCUGAGGCACUCGUUUUUCAAGAAUUGCAGGGGCUUGGAUUUUCUGGUGAAGAAUGUGCUUCUGGGUUUGCCUAGCGUUGAGGAAAGGUUCAAGAAAACCAGGGCUUUGGGUGAGCUGAUGAAGGAGAAGGGUAUUAAUUCUGAGGAUGAUGAGGAUGAAGAGGAAGAUGAUGAAGGUAGCUCAGCGAGGCAGAGGGCUAAGCACAGAAGGAUUAGUGGGUGGAAUUUCAAUGAGGAUGAGUUUGCUCUCGACCCUGUGUUCCGAGUUGAGCCUCAAGGCGAUUCUGCUGUGAAAAUGGUUCCGUUUGGUGGAGAAACCAUCAUCCAGGACAGGGGAGGGAUAGUUGGGGUUGAGGGGUUGUUGUUUUAA